AUGAAUGCUCGAGAGAUCAGAAUUAACAAGUAUUGGAAGUUUGCACCGAAAGAUUUAAAUAGAUUUUUGAAAUUAUGGAUGAACGGAUCAAAUGGAAGACUGGGACAGCUGGAUAUAGACGUUGAUAAAGGAAGUGUGAUUGACAAGGAUAUUCUAUUCAAGGGAAUUAAGUACUCCAUGGGAUUGGAGGAAGAAGAAAUGUACAGUAUUUAG